CUUCACUUUUUUCUUCUCACAAACACAACCAUUGUGAUUGUGAAUUUAUAUGUGGUAAUAAGAAUCAUGACGAUGAGCAGCAGCAACGGCAACAACUACAUGGGACAAUUCGGAGACACGACAUUAACCAAAGUGUUUGUUGGAGGAUUAGCAUGGGAAACUCCGAAGGAGGCCUUGAGAGAGCAUUUUGAAAAGUAUGGUCAUAUCUUGGAGGCUGUUAUUAUCUCCGAUAAGCUCACCGGUCGAUCCAAGGGCUAUGGAUUCGUCACGUUCAACGACGCUGAAGCCGCAAAGAAGGCCUGCGAAGACCCUGCCCCGAACAUCAACGGCCGCCGUGCCAACUGUAACCUGGCUUCCCUCGGCGCACGCCGCCCGAGGUCCGCAUCCACCACUCCUCAACAAGAAGGAUCCAACGGUGGACCAAGGUCUGCAUCACCAGCUCCAGCCAAUCAGGUGCACUGGUACUAUCCAGCAGGGACACCGGCUUCACCAUUUUAUCACCAUCAGCACCAGCACCAUCAUGCCCUUCCAUUUUACGGGUACUGUCCGGCUUACAUUGCAACUGAUCAUAUGAGUUACAACCAUAAGGUUGGCUACACCGGUGGGUCAUACGUGAACGGGCAUUUCUCUCAAGUGUACCCGGGCCAUCCUAUUGUAGGUGCCAACACAUUGAUGCCAAUGUACCCUCUUUAUCACUACCAUCAAUCGCAAACAAUGGGUUUACCUGCACACAUCUUCCCUCAAUCAACUGCGGGCCACAUUGCAACUGUCCCCACAAUCAUGUCCAAGCCUCCAUCGAUUGCUCGCAACACAGUUUGCUUGGCUGUGGAAUAGGUACGGUCGUUGGAAGUGGUGAGGCUGUUAAAAGGGUUGCUGGGUGAAGCGAUGACUAAUUAGUUGGCAAAAAUAACACAAUGGAGUACUGGAGAGGCAGAUGCUGCUCAGAACAACAUUAUUUUUAUAUGAUCUGUUGUGGCUCUUUCCUUUUCCAAUUUUAAUAUUUUUAAUAUUCAAUUAUUCUUAGGUGUUCAAUUGAUAAAUUAAGAUUCUUUCAUUCUCUCCCUCUCUUUCUAACAUCCCAGCUUGAGCUGUAAAAUGAACUAUUUUAACCCAUAUCUCAUGGGUGUUGCCUUUUUUGUUGGCUUCAAUGCACUUUGUUCCAGGCUUUAUUCAGAA